CCCGGCUUCCUUUUAAGCUGGUACAAGCAAUUCGAGUCAUAGCUGCUCGGGCACGCCAUUAAGGUAUAUACUCCGGCUUGCUGCAUUCGCUCUCACUAUGGCAGGCUACUGCUUCGGUCGCUGCUGUUUUCACUGUUGUUGCCAUCCUCACUUUCGAAUCCGCCAGCUCCAACCCAAAAGCCAACGCAGCAAUGGACACAGAUACUGUCCAGCAAUUCGUGAACGCCAUCGCAGCGACUGAGCUGAUACCGCUACCAUCGGAGCCCCACAACGGUCGGGUGCACAACUACGGCGGCGUCCUCCCCGGCUCAGCGGAUCCAGCAUUACUGGAGCUUCCUCCAGGCAUCCAAUGGCUCAGCAAUAUACUAACUGACUCAAAUCCUUUACGUCUGUACGUGCGUCCAGCCUACCAAACGCUGUUGCUCUUGGCCAUGGCAUUUGUGGAUCAUCCCGAGGUGCCGCACCACCGAGUGGUGAUUGUCGGAUCCUCGGGCACAGGCAAGACAAGCUUUCUGAGCUGGGUACUCCGAUACUUGUGUCGAUUGGAGAAACCUCCAGUGAUCGUACUGAACAUCACCGGAUUUUUCGGGCGUAUUUCAUCGGACGGUGAAGUUACCGCUGGUAUACGAGGCUCGAGCUUUCAGCUGGAGCUCGCACUUCGCAGCACAGUGUAUCUAUGCGCCUUCAGUUGGACCGAUGAAAUCGAUCUCGGUAUCCGAGCCCGUACCAUUGUGAUGUCACCACCAACACAAACUGUGACAAUGACGGGGCCGGCAGAUACCAUGCGUACAUUAGUACUAGUGAUGCCUGUGUGGACCCUAGCAGAGCUCGAAACCUGCCGUUCCACAUGCUACUCACAUACCGUCUCGCAAGAAACAUUAUUCGAGCUCUAUCAACUGUGGGGUGGAGCUGUUCGCUGGACGCUGGGGACAUCCAAACAAGAAGCAAAACGAGAAUUCACCCAAAGUAUCGAAUCGCUAUCCUUCUCUUCAGUGGUUGAGGUCGUUGGCAAUGGUGGUCUCGUGGAAUUACAGCAUGGCGCCGAGGAUAUUGCGGUCGGAUUACGACUCAUUCACUUGAAUGUAGACCCUGACAGCACGUUUCAGCUUACUGGAGCUACGAUGUGUAGUACUUCGGCGUGCUCACUGCUUAUCAGUGCCAACUCCAAGCAACUUGAAAGCGUUCAAGUUUUUAUUGAGACGACCCGGCUGCUUGGAUGAACCAUCAUGCAGUUAUUCUGCCAACAGGUGCAACAAGAGCUCUUCGAUAACUUAGGGCAUCGCGAAUAACUAUAUCACCACAGCUAGCUUUUUUGAAUGGAAAUUCGUGUCAUUAUUGCUU